AUGGGCAGCCACUCAAGCGGCAAGAAUGCCACCACCCGCCCCAAUCAUGGCAAGUUCUUCGGCGCCGACCCCUUGGUUGGCGGGCGCGGCACUCCAGGAGGUGGCGCCAAGCGCAACCUCACCCACGGCCGCGGCCACAACAACACUGGGGCGUUUGUCCACCAGGGCGGCCCCUUUGCCGGCGCAACGCAGCAGAUGGUGCCAAAGCUGCCCAACAUCGGCCGCCUGGGGGCGAUGAUGAUGCCUCCUCCUCCAUUCAACGCGUCGUUCGUCCCCAUCAAGUGCAGCGCCUGCGCCGCACCCGCCUACGCCCUCAUUGACGUCGGCGUAUGGUGA